AUGGCAACUCUAAUCGAACGUUUCCAAGCUUUGGGCCCUUCCAUCUCACGCGUCCUUUCGGCGAGCGGGUCUGCUGGGGCUGCUAUCGGUGUGCUGCACCAUGGCAAAGUCAUUCACACUGCUGGCUAUGGCUUCAGGGAUGUCGACCCCGAACUCAAGAUGGAUGAGGAAACGGUGGUCUCUUUUUUUUUGCUCACAAACGCCAUGACCGCGUCCACAGUUGGAGUUCUGGUUAAGGAAAACAGUGUGAGCGGUUUGGCCCUCGGGCGCUUCCUGGAUCAAAGGUCCUUGAAACCCCUGGGCAUGACAAGGAUGAGUGUCGUCCAUCCAGAAGGCGAAGGCGGCGAAGAGAACAUAUCAGAAGGUUACGUGGCUCUCUCUGAUGGAUCAACAACCCGCAUCGAAAGGCCAUUUGCGGGGGAUGACAAGAUCAUGUUUGGUGCCAUGGGUGUGAAUAGUUGUGUCAAAGACCUUCUAACUAUCUAUGGCGUUUUGUUGCAUGCAGCAGCAGAUCAGUUCAGCGGCGGAACUACCGUGAUGAAGGACUCCUUGUUUAAGCAGAUACAAACUGUCUUCAGUGCACACACUCCCACUGGCAAUCCAACCCUUCUCAAUCGAUCUUAUGGCUUUGGGUGGCAUCGAUCGCAGCUGCCGAACCAAGUCGGUGCUUCGGGAGAGAACAAAAGGCUCAUUUUGUCAAUGCCCAUCAUAGCAAGAGGGACAAAUUCCACCACUGUGCUCUAUCAUGAUGGCAAUUCCACGGCAUCGCAGAACUGGAUAAUUCUGGUGCCAGAAGCGCACUCUGCCAUCAUAGUCCUCACGAAUACGAUGGCCAAUUGCGACGCUUCCAACUGGAUAGCCUGUAUGCUUCUCGAUACUCUCCUCGAUAGCCCAGACAAGAACGACUUUGAGGAUUUGUCUAUAAUUGCAGCUAAAAAAAACGUGGAUAUGUGGAAAGAAUUGCAUUCAUCCCUUGAAAAGGGUCAAAAGCCGGGGACAACACCGAAACCGUUGGGGAGAUAUGUCGGAAAGUAUUGGAACAAUUUUGGAAACUGGUAUCUGGAAGUUUACCUCGAGGCUGAUGAGCUAAGGAUGGCAUUUCAGAGCGAUCGAGAAUAUGUUCACGCUUUGAGACACUACCAUAAUGAUAUCUUUACGUUGCUGCUCAUGCAGGACGAGAACGCCGAAAUCGGGCGAUAUCCGUCAACAGGUCCCGGUCCGUGGUUGCUGAAAUUUGUGGUCGAGGAAGAUACUAUCAAGGGCAUGAAUUGGAACUCGAAUGGAGUGGAGAUGAAUAUUUUCAGAAAGGUCGUACUCCUCUUUUCCUCGCUCUAUUUCCAGAGGAAUCUACAAUAA